AUGGCUACCCCUUCAGAACCCGCACCUUCCAAUUGUAAGGUUAUGCUCUCGAAGCAUGUCGCGAACCGCCUGCUUGAGGAAGUCUCAGAGGGUGUCAAGACCCUAGAGAAGCCGCCUCACCUAGUUGGAUUCCUGGCGAACAAUGACCCCGCGGCGCUGAUGUACGCGCAAUGGACCGAGAAGACAUGUCAUGAAAAUGGAUUCCGCUACUCCCUCCGCGAAGUGCACCGCGAUAACCUCGAGGAAGCCAUCCUAGCCGCGAACGUCGAUUCCGACGUCGACGGCAUCAUCGUAUACUACCCCAUCUUCAACAACCGACAAGACCAGUACUUGCAGCAGAUCGUCGACGUGUCCAAGGAUGUAGAGGGCCUCAGCCAUCGCUAUAUCUUCAACAUGUACCAGAACAUCCGCUUCCUGGACCCGGAGACCAAGCGCCAAAAGUGCAUCCUGCCUUGCACGCCUCUUGCCAUCGUCAAGAUCCUCGAGUACCUGAACAUUUACAACACUGUUCUGCCGUAUGGCAACCGGCUGCACGGCCACACAAUCUGCGUUGUCAACCGCUCUGAGGUUGUUGGUCGGCCGCUUGCUGCGUUGUUGGCGAACGAUGGUGCUUGUGUCUACAGUGUCGAUAUCACAGGUAUUCAGAAGUUCUACCGCGGCACCGGCCUUAAGUUGGGCAGACACGAGGUUGAGGAAGUUGAGGGCAUGGAGUUGAAGGAUAUUGUUCCUCUGUGCGAUACCGUUAUCUCUGGUGUACCUGGGGACAAGUACAAGUUUGAUACUAGCUUGCUGAGGGACGGUGCCGUGUGCAUUAACUUCUCAAGUGAGAAGAACUUUGGACCUGAAGUUAAGCAAAAGGCCUCCCUCUUUGUGCCUUCAAUCGGAAAAGUCACAAUCGUCGUUCUUCUCCGGAACUUGCUGCGUCUCAUUCAGAACAAGAGAAUGGAUGACAUCAAGCCCGCUGCUGCUACUGAGCGACCUGGCACUCUUGAGGCUGCUUCAUAG